CUCAUCACUUAAACUGACUCCCGCGACAGUCAGGUGUUGAACAGCAACGAAGGGACAUUCUUGACAGCACGCUCAAUAAUCUACAAUGGCAGGCGGAGAAACUAAAGUCCUGGUUGCCGUUGAUCCCAGUGACUUGAGCGAACGCGCUUUCAGAUGGUACCUCGCCAGAUUCAAUCAGCCACUCCACAAGGUGAAAAUCUGUCACGUGCCGGAAUACUGGGGGGACGACGAUCGUAUGAUGAGCCCUGCACGGCGCCAGGAACUUGUUGACAAGACCAGUGCCUCUACGAAGCAGAUGAAAUUAAAAUACGAUGCCAUUUGUAAGGAAUUUGGGAUCGAGCAUCAGUUCGAGGAGUUGAAAGGCAAGGAAGUGUGGCACGAAAUCUGCGUCCACGCCAAGAAGAUCAAUGCUCACAUCAUCGUGAUGGGCACCCGUGGGAUGGGCACCAUCAAGCGUACCAUUCUCGGCAGCGUGAGCGACGGCGUCCUCCAUCACUGCCACAUCCCCACCCUCAUCUACAAGGAGUGACGUCUCUCACCACUACCUCAACACUCUGCUUGUGUCACUAGGGGGCAGAUAGAAAAAAAGCAAAAAUGUUGUAUGUUUAUUUAGACAUGUUGUCUUUUGACCGAUAAACACACGACAGUUAUCGAUAGGUUACAUAAUAACAUAUGCUCAAUGACAUAAAGAAAGUUUAGGGUUUUUUUGUCGUGAAGACUGUCCUCAAUUCCAUAAAAAUAUCCCCAAACAUUCAUGAUCACUACCUUUGUUGUUUCAGUAUAUGUUUGAAAAACGAGAUUAUAUAUUUUUUGGCUUGAAUUUUUUCUACCAAUUUCAUUUGUUGAACCGUUUGUUAUCUAAAUUGCUAGGUUGCAAUAGUGAAUAUGGGGUUUAACGGUUAUAUCAGUAUAGCAAUGUAGAUUAUAUGCAGAAGUAAUGCACCCUUAGGUUUGGUGUAAAAUUAUUAGCAUAAUGGCAGUAUGCUCGUGAAGAUCUGGGUUAGAAUUGGUCUUCAGCAACCUAUGCUUGUUGAAGGAGACGACUUACGGAAUCGCUGACUUUGUUGAUGCAUGUCAUCGUAUUCCA